AUGCAACGGACGACCAUGCAUCCGCCGACCAAGAAUCGUUCUUUGGGGGAGUAUUGGGACACUGUCAACACCAUACUCCUGAAGAGGGGCAUACUUAGCAUCCAGGACGCUACCGUGCCAGAGAUUGUUUCAUCACAUGCCAACUCUAGCAGCAAUGGCAACGAAUCCCCAAACAGCGACGAUAACGAUAUGUGGCGAUCCCUGGAUCAACUCAUAGGGCCGUCUAACGAAGUAUACCACAUGGAAAUCUUGCGCGACAAGCAAUUCGGAGACGUCAUCUUGAAUAUUGGUGGCGGUGCGGCUCAACCAGACGACGAACAUUCAAGACGCGGGAACGAAGGAGACCGUGAGACUCAGCUGGACGGAACAGACAUUGCCGACCCCUUGACGAAAUUCACUAUUACCAGCUCCGAACUGGACGAAGCUGAGGUUGCGGAGACUCCAGUCAAGGCCAUCGUCAUCAAUUCCGACCUCGCCGCGAUAUGUUCCCCCGUAUUCCGUGCCAUGUUGCGGACAGACUUCGCCGAGUCAAAAGUCAACAACAGCCGGAAGAACUGGGUCGUGAACCUACCAGAUGACUAUGUCGAACCGCUGUUCUUCCUCUUGUCAAUGAUUCAUGGCCGAUGGGAGAACAUACCGAAAAGGAUUUCCAUCGAUGAGUUGCAUGAUCUUCUACUUACGGCAGACAAGUACGAUAUGAUGCAAAUCUUUCUGCCAUGGUACUUUGACUGA